AUGGAGCACUACAAGCUCACUUCUGCUAAAAAAGUGCAAAAGAACCUCCAACCAAUCAAAUUCUGCCACUUGGUCAACCAUAUUGCGGAAAGUGAUAGCACUCUCCGCGCUUUCUACCGCUUCUUGCAGUUCGACCGGGAAACACUCGCAUGGAUAUUUGCCAUCGAUGCUUCCUUCUUGUUGGAGUAUCUCCAAACCUACUCCGCCGAAACGGAAGACUCGCUUAUGCGAAUCUCUUCUAAGAUGACACAUUUGAUCGACUAUUCAAGGAGGAAAACCACACACCAUGCGAUCCUCAGGGAUGUUAUCAUGUUGGAAAACCGAAUCCCUCUCUUUUUGCUCAGAAAAGUCCACAGUUUUUAUCAGCUGCAUGAAGAUCAUGACAAAGUAUUAGACACAAUUCUGAUGGGAUUUUGCAAUGAUCUGUCACCCAUCAAGUAUAUUAAUUGCCAACAUUUAAGAGAAGAAUGUUUCGAGAGAGCUCAUUUGCUAGAACUUCUUUACUACUUGGUUGCACCAAAACUGCAACUUAUACCUGAUUAUGAGCAGGAGGAGCCUAAAGAUGACGAAGAGAUUUGCUGGUUUAGAAAGGCCUUGAAAUCAUUCUUGGCGUCAAUAUUUUACAUUAAUUUGGCGCUGCUCCGCCUUCUCAGUAAAAUAUACAGGUCAAAAGCAGUCACGUUUUUAGUUACACAGGCAUUGAAAAUCAUCUCGUAUCUUUUUCGUCUUAGAAACAAAUGUGAUAUAAACAGUCUCAUAUCAUCGGCAGGGAGCGUGGCCGAAGAGGUGGAAAGCGAAUCUCAUGAGAAGAAAGACGAAAGUCCUUUGGUUGAAGAGAUUGCAAUCCCAAGCGUGACAGAGCUCCAUAAAAUUGGUGUCAAAUUUUGUCCGGCAAAGGGUGGCCUAGGAUCUAUAAAUUUCGACAAGUCUUGUGGUACAUUUUACCUUCCGGUUAUUCAUUUGGAUGAUAACUCGGAAGUUGUGAUGAGGAGCCUCGUGGCCUAUGAGGCAUGUAUUGCACCGGAGGUGAUAGUUUUUACACGUUAUACGGAAUUGAUGAAUGGAAUAAUUGAUACGGAGGAAGAUGUAAGAAUUCUUCGGGAGGCAGGGAUCAUCUUAAACCGCCUCAAAAGCGAUAAAGAAGUGGCAACGCUUUGGAAUGGCAUGACGAAGUCUGUGAGGGUAACGAAAGUCCCAGUUCUUGACAAGGCCAUUGAAGCAGCUUAUUGUUAUUGA